AACACCAGAAUAAACUCGUUUUGCGUUAGUCUUAUGCAAUAGGUUUGUCAUCGAUUUCGUGACUUUCUCUUGACAUACGCACCAAUAAGCGUGUUUUCGCAACUUCAUCAUGUCGAACUGCAUCGGUUUUCAGACACAAAUAACCUCGAUCAUGGAGAUUGUGACGAAAACGGCCGUGGCAGAGAUCUGCAAGCUGGUGGAGGAGGGAUACGCGGUGCUGCGCUUGGAAAUUUCCCGAAGCCAGAGAGAAAUCGAGUUACUCAGAGAGAAACUGUCGAUACAGACGGUGGAGAGCGCCGUCCUGAGAGAGAGUCCCGCGGAUGGUCCCUCAGGGCUCAGUCCCUGGUCCAGUGAUGAUCUGCACCCGGGAGCAGCGGCGGUUUUUGAGAAGCACUGGGUGGCACCUUGGAGAGAGGAAGAGCUCCCGGAUGGGGUUAGGGAUGUCGAGCAAGACAAGGUGCAGUCCACAGUGGCUGACAGAAAGUCCGAGCUCGUGAUUAUCAAAGAAGAGGAUUUGGAUAUCAGGGAUUCAAAAGGAGAGCUGGAGGCCUUUGAAGAGAGAAUUGCAGAGCUUGAGAUGGCAGAUGGCAGAAAUGGUGAAAGUUGUCUCACCGGAGACACGCAGAUGGGACCGGCGAUAAAAGGAAAAGAGGACACUGAGCAGCACUGCAGCACGCACGGUGUUUGGGAGGACAGCAGACUGGACACUGCUCUCGAAGCAGUGGUGGAAAAGGAGACGGAAGAAAUGGAAAAUCCAAGAUGUCAUCUUACCAAACUGAAAGAGAGUAAAGGAGAAGCAGACUAUCGGGAAUCGGACUGUACCACAUUUCCCAAGUCUGUUCAGAUACACAUUUACAGCAGUAAUAGUGCUGCAACAGAAAAUGAAAACCCACCUACCUGUCACAAAUCAGGAGAUUACACUGAAAAUAUUCCAGUUACCUCUAAGCCACAUAUUAACAGUAAUCUUCCGCCCGAAAGAUCUAUUAAGAAGCCAGUUGUCACGAGAGAAAAGCAUUUGAACUGCUUGUACUGUGGGAAGAGUUUCGGUUCAUCCCGCAAUCUCGAAGUGCACAACAGAAUUCAUACAGGAGAGAAACCAUUUAGCUGCACUCAUUGCGGGAAGCACUUUGCGCAGUUAGGCCAUCUUAUAACGCAUCAGCGAGUUCACACGGGAGAGAAGCCGUUUAAAUGUACCGUGUGCGGAAAGCAGUUUGCACAGUCGAAUAACCUCGUAAGGCAUAAAAGCGUUCACUCAGGGAAAAAGCCCUUCAGGUGCCCACAGUGCGGGAAGAGCUUCAAAACCUCGACGCACUGCAGAAGACACGAAAUUAUUCACUGUGGGCCGACACCCGAAUCCGUUUGCCUCAGUAGCGCUGUAAAUUUGUACCCCGAUGUGCCAACAAGAAAAGAAAAUAGUUAGUUGGGAACUUGCGUAAAUGUGUGUCUAAUGUAGCCUUACUGUUAACUGAACAGAGGAGAUACCGCUGCAUUUUUCAUGCAUAGUAUUCAAAUCUGAGUUAUCAUCUGUCUGCACUGCUGAAAAGGGUGAGAAUUAUGGAAAACUAACCGUACUUUGUUUGCAGAUAUAUUUCUGUGGUCAAGGGGUGCAUAAGUAAUCCUGUCUUUGAAAGAAAAUGUGCAUAUUAUUAAUUUGUACUGAGCAAACUCCUUUGUCUAACGUGACUCACAAAGCUUUACUCCUAAGCUACUUAUUGGUGUCUUCCUGUCCACACAACAGAGCAAUUUAACACACACACAGUCUACGGGUAAUUCACUCGAAAUGCAUAACUUUGGACUGCGAUAGGAAACCAGAGCACCUGAUGAAACCCCCUCCCCAACACAGAGAGAACCAGAUUCCCACCUACAUCUGAUCCCAGUGCCCAGGACUGUGAGGCACCAGCACUACCCACUGUGCCACUUAUUAAUGGCAGUUAACACUGUUGGAUUAACAUCUUGUAUCAUUA